UAACUAAAAAUGCAAAGUAGAGUUAUCUUGACAUUGUUCAAAGCUGAAAGCAUUAGCUUUAGCUGCAAAAUGCAAAAAUCAGAAUUCAGAAAUAUGAACAAUGAAUUUGACGUUCAUAUGAUUUGAGGUGCCGUCUUCAACAAACAUAACGACAUUCAAUCCAACAAAAAAGCUUGAUCUCACCGACCCAGAUUGGAUCUCUCUCUCUCUCUCUCCCUCUCAAUCUUCCUUAGGAUGUUGAAGAAGGUUUUGGAUUCAGAGUUACUGCUGAAGUAGCAAUUGACAUCCUUGUAAAGUCUUAUGGAUCAUCUGAGAUUAAAAACCAAGUUAAUAAUGUAGUGGCAACAAUAACUGAAAGUAAUUCAGGAGCAGUUGGGAAGAAGAGGGUCAACGCCACAUUCCUCACUCAGUGCCUCGUUCUUAUGAGAAGAUCUUCGCUGCGAUUGUUUCGUGACUUGAGCAAUUACUGGCUGCUUCUUGUUGUCUUUAUUGCAGUAGCUAUUAGCAUGGGUUCCAUGUUCUAUAACAUUGGCUCAAGUAAUGGAUCAAUUCAAGGAAGAGGGUCUCUGCUUACUUUUUUGAUAUCAACUCUGGCUUUCAUGGCUCUUAUUGGUGGAUUCGCUCCAUUAAUGGAGGAAAUGAGGGUAAGAUUGCUAUGCUCCAUUAUUGGUGGAUUCGCUCCAUCAACUCUGUACUUUCUCAGCACUUCCAUAUAUGCUAAUGAUUUGUCUAAUUCCUGGAGGAAUAAUAUAUUACCUCUCAGGGCUGCAGAGAGGUUUAGAACACUUUGUGUACUUUGCUUCUGUUCUGUUUGCCAUUGUGCUUUGGGUUGAGAGCCUCAUGAUGGUUGUGGGGAGUAUGUUUCCCAAUUUCGUAACCGGCAUGAGCAUUACCUGCGGAAUUCAAGGACUAACCAUCUUAACUGGUGGAUUCUACAGGCUGCCAAACAAUCUUCGAAAACCAUUUUGGAAAUACCCCUUUUACUACCUUUCUUUCCUUAAGUAUGCUUUCCAAGGAUCUUUCAAGAAUGAAUUUGAAGGCUUAAAAUUUUCCAUGGAACAAGGUGGAAGUGCAAAAACCAUUAUUAGUGGUAGAGACAUUUUGACAAACACAUGGCAGGUGGAAAUGGGGCAUUCCAAGUGGGUUGAUCUUGCCAUCAUGUUUGGGAUGAUUCUUGUUUUUAGGAUUGUGUAUUUGGCUAUUACAAAAAGCAAGGAGAAGUUGAAACCUCUUGCUGCUUCCAUUAACAAUCACCCAACAAAAGGUGGAAAUGGCAUUGUGCUUCUUCUCCGUCUCUCCGUCGACGAUGACCGGUUGGAACUUCCUGCAACAUGGCUCCCAGUUCCUCUCAUGGGGGACAGCUAUUGGUGUACACAACAGAUGCAGAAGGAGACGUUGAUGGAGAGAACCACAUUGAGGGGAGGCCAAUGAAGUUUUAGGGUUUAAACAUGAAGACAGGGGCUACAUUGGGGAAUUUUACAACACAAUCCAGGUCAUCUGUACACUCAUGGCUCCAACGUGGCAGUGGCUGUGCCACAUAAGCAAAGCCGUCGCUGAGUCACGCCGGAAAUUCACCGAAGGACCAUUAUGUUGCCCGGAUCGCAAUCUGGAAGACAUAAAUAGUGCAAUUGGAAUCUUAGGGGUUAAAUCGGUGCACGGGCUGAAUCUGGGGGACCAUUAUGGGGAUUUAGUCCCCAAAGUUUGCAUUUUAGCUCGAAUGGGUCCUUGUAUCUUUGUUUUCAAGACGAAUACAUAAUGGUCCCAAUGAUUGAAGAAAAUAACCACCAUAAUUUGUAUUUAGCUUCUCUUUCUCUCUGACACACACAUUCCGUAUUUUGUUAUUGUUAUUUUCAUUGCAUUGUCUAACAUUGCAUAAUUAGCAUAAACUAAUUUCGAUAAAAAAAAUUUGAAGAAUUGGUCUUUCCUAGUAGUUUCUAAACAAUCAAUGUUUGUAUCAUUAUUGCUUCAUUUAGAUGAAUAGGGAAGAUGUACCUAUCUGCUAUGAAUAUUUAGCUUAAUCUAUCUGCAAAAUGGUGGUGGCUAUCAAGGAGCAAUUGUUUCUUUUGGUUUUUAAAAAUAUCUUGGCUUAUUGUUCUAAGAUGUAAUGACAAUCAAUGUUUAAUUUGUUUAUUCUUUGAUUACUGAUCAAUGAUUUUAAGUCCAUCAUGCAGGCGUACUUUGAUGAAUUUGAUUAUGAAACCAGGUCCUGUGCUAGAAAGGCAGCUUGUGCGCUGGCUUUGUUAUGCACCCAAGUGAGGUUAAGUAGUUGGUUUUGGUCAAAGAGUAUGCUGGAUUUGUUGUGGAGUAUAUAAAUGGCAAUAAUUUGACAUACAGAAGGAAAUGGUACAGAGUGAAUUGGAUUCUGACAAGGGCAACUUUGCUAGGAUCACUGGUGGUAACAGUGGAAGAGUAGGUUCUGUCUUUGGUAGAGAGCCUUCAUUUUCACGCUGGUGUGAUGCGGACGAAGAAGUCCAUUUCAAUUGGGAAUUAGGAAAUGCAAGGAAUGAUCUUGUGGACGAAGACCCUCGUUUUGAAUUAUCAUUUCAUCAGGAGCUACAAAGAGGACCUUUAGAAAGGGAGAGACUGUUUCACCUAAAGUUUCAGCAUAGCAUUUUGUAUGGUGCUAGUUACAUGGAUGAAGAUUCAAUUCAUCGGAGAGUAAAUGGAUCUGAGAAGCAUGUGCCUUUUGAUAUUGAGAACAGGCCUACAGGGGGACUGACCCAUGUUGACUCCUCCAUGUCCUUGGAAGAUCAUGGAUCAUUGGCAAAAAGCUCCCGCAAUCCUAUUUCUAUGGGAUAUAUUUUAAAGACGUUUGUUUUCAUUCUUAUUUGGUACACAUUCAGUCUAUGUUUGACCCUGUACAAUAAAACUCUAUUAGGAGCUGAUAUGGGGAAGUUCCCGGCUUAUAUGAUGAAUACUUUCCACUUCAUGAUGCAAGGUGUCCUAUCAAGGAUUAUUACCUGGUGCUGGUCUCAUAAAUUUCAAACUGUUGUCAUGUCUUGGAGGGAUUACUUUUUGAAAGUUGUGCCGACUGCUCUUGGAACAGCAUUGGAUGUUAACCUGAGCAAUGCAUCUUUAAUUUCCAUCUCUGUCGCAAUGUUAGGUGAUAUUUCUUGUAAGUCUGGGGCUCCAAUUUUUUUGCUUUUGCAUUCAUUUGUUGGAAGGUUGGAGGCACCAAGCUAUAAACUAUCUGGCAUCGUUGUAGUCAUCUCUAUCGGCAUAUUACUAACAGUUGCAAAAGAGACAGAAUUUCAGUUAUGGGGGUUUAUACUUGUUAUGCUUGCUGCUAUUAUGUCUGGGUUCCACUGGUGUAUGACCCAGAUCCUUUUGCAGAAAGAAACCUAUGGUCUAAAAGAUCCACUUACUCUUAUGAGCUAUGUAGCACCAGUAAUGGCAGUGGCAACUGCACUUCUCUCUCUUGCAUUAGAUCCAUGGCAUGAACUCCAUAACAACAAAUACUUUGAUGAUUCAAGGCAUAUUACUCAAAGUUUCUUCCUGAUGAUUUUGGGGGGCUUUCUUGCCUUUUACAUGGUGUUAACCGAAUAUUUUUUGGUCUCAGUAACCAGUGCAGUCACAGUCCCAAUAGCAGGGGUAGUCAAGGAGGCUGUCACAAUAUUGGUUGCGGUAUUGUACUUUCAUGAUAAAUUUACAUGGGUGAAAGGACUCGGUCUCUGCACUAUUCUGUUUGGUGUCAGUUUAUUCAACUGGUACAAAUAUCUGAAGCUUCAGAAGGGCCAUUUUGGUGAAGGUGAGGUGGCAGUGCUUCACACAACAGAUUCUUCUGGCAAAUAUGUUAUUCUUGAGGAGAUGGAUGAGCAGGAUAUCUGAAACCUUCAUAGCAACAUCUUCAAAUUACCUCUUGAUGCUUCCAUUGGAUUUGUGAUGUGAAGGUGCUUUCCAAGUUUAUCAAACCGGAGGAAACAAAUCACCCGGCGAUGAUCAACAUUUAAGCCCAAUCAUUCAUCACUUCCAUUUUAAAAUUUUGUAAUUGAAUAUCUUGUAUUCUGUUAGUGUUUCAUCGGUAGAACAAAUUUUGGUAUUCUUGACUUGAGUUGUCAAGAUAUAUUUUGUAGAUUAACGCAGCAGGGUGUAGUAGAUCAAAGGUUCAUUUUUGUUUUAAUGUAUCGAGUUACAUGUUACUAAUUUUUUGUUCUUAUGUAAUAAAUGUAACUCUUUGAUUUUGUUUAUUCUUA